AUAAGUAAGCGUGGGGCUGACCGGUCUGCUUUAGUUUCUUCUUUCUUAUCUCAAUUAUCAAACACACUACUGUUGUCAUCCCCUAUGGCUAUAUAUAAGCGAACGCCCAGCAGCCUCAGUGCCCAUAGCAGCAGCAGCUGGUGUAGUACUCUUUAACAAAGAGAGAAAUUAAACACAUACAGCUCAGCAACUAUACAGAGAUAUGGCGGUUGGUCAGCAGGCAGCAGCAGGAGCAGCUAAGUCCUCUCUGAGUAUCUUCUGUGUUACCCUCUUGCUAAUUUCUACUCAGCUGCUGAUUCAAUCCCCCACAGUGCUUGCAGCUCCACCAGCUUUAGUAUCGUCGCAGCAGUCAAUAAAAGAAGAGAAGGUCGUGAUCGACAACAUUAAUAGUAGAAAGAUGCAUGGGGGGCUUAAGGACAAUAAAGGUACUCGCUCGACAUCUGAUGGAUGUGGAGCACUAGAUGCAAUAGGUCCUGGAGAUGCAAACGACCGAGCACGUCUUGGAAAUCCAUACAUAGGAGGUCCUGGAAUUCAUCGAGGUCCUUGCCUACCGGGUAGAGGGCACAAGAACCGUCGUAUACACCCUUAAGCUGAAUGAUAUCAGAUGCACAAUUACACAGAGUCAAUAAUUAUUUGGCUUAUUAAUCUUUCCUAAUUUGUGAAUUACUCUUAAAGUGAUGUUACUGUCAGAUUGUUUUAAUGUUUAAUUAGCUCGCUAGUAAUUAGAAGAUAUAAAUGUCUAUGUUUGUAUGUGUGUGCUUGAUCAUAUAGUAUAUGAAUAUGUAAAAUUGAUGCACCUUUUGUACGAUGAGAUGUUUUGUGCUAAUAAAUUUCUAUUUUCAUC